AUAUUUUAGAUACGCGUGGACCACUGCGAAUAACUGAAUUAAAUUUAACACCUCGUUCACGGUCUAAGGGAAACUGGUACAUCGUUCUCUUGUAUCAAGUUUCAAAAUAUCUUUAUACUUUUAACCCUGAUCAACAAUGACUUCAAUUGUAAACGCAAAUGUUAAAGAUGGAUCUUGAUUUGAAAUAAAUAGAAUUUCAAAAUAUACCCCAAAAUGGCAGUUUAUCGGACUAUAAACACGUUAUCAUAUAUACAGGCAUGUAUAUACCUGGAUGUUUUUUGGCGAAACCUGUUCUGCCUGCUUUUACUCUCACUCUUCACAAAAGCUACUGGGUCCCCAAGGAAUAUUCUCUUCAUAAUGUCUGAUGAUCUCAGACCGGAAAUCGGCGCCUACAUUAACCAGGACACAUCUCCUCCAUUGAAUCAGCAUAUCUACACCCCGAACCUUGAUAAACUGGCAAGAAAGAGCAUAGUAUUUCACAAAGCGUAUGUGCAAUCCCCACUGUGUGCCCCGAGCCGAGCAUCGUUACUCACAGGAAGGCGUCCUGAUACAACCGACGUCCACACAUUUGUAAAUUUAAGAGGACGAAAGAGGUCAAAUUUUACAACUAUCCCACAAUACUUUAAACAGCAAGGCUACACUUCUAUAGGCAUGGGAAAAAUCUUUCACGAUGGACCGACACCUGCCUAUGAUGACCCUAUAUCUUGGUCGGAGCCUUUCUGGCGCGGAGUCCCUAAUCAUGAGAGCGAGUGCUGUAGCUGGAAGGCAGUGCCCGAAACAGCACUCAAAAAUAAACCUUUGAAAGACCAACAGGUAGCUGACCGUGCUGUUAAGACAAUACGGAAAUUAGCCAUUGCACGUAAAGAUAGUAAACCUUUUUUCCUUGCUGUUGGUUUCAAGAAACCUCAUUUACCUUUCGUAUUUCCUGACAAGUUUCUUAAGUAUUAUCCACAAGACGACAUUGUUUUGCCAGAAAAUCGUGACAUUCCUGUAAAUAUGCCCAGGAUAGCGUGGAGCCCAUUGACUUAUUUAAAGACAUUUGAUGAUAUUAAUGUUCUGAAUCUUGCACAUUUUAAAUCUAUAGUUCCUAAUAACACUGUCUUAGCUCUUCGAAGAGCGUACUACGCAUGCGUGACAUAUAUUGAUCAUGAAAUUGGACGUGUAUUAAAUGAACUGUAUAGUUCGAGGUUCAGUAACAACACGAUAAUAGUUUUUCUAAGCGACCAUGGAUUUCAUCUAGGUGAAAACGGUGAAUGGAGUAAGAACACGGUAUUUAAGUUAGCCGCCUGGGCGCCUUUGAUGUUGCACAUCCCAGGACUGACGAAUCAAGAGAUACGUACCAAUCAGCUCGUGGAAUUUGUUGACUUGUUUCCUACGUUAGUCGAAGCCGUAGGACAUAAACCAUUAAAAAUAUGUCCUAGGUAUUCAAGAAAGAUAGCUCUUUGCGCCGAAGGUACGAGUCUUCUCCCUUUAAUUUCUAAACCGGACGAACCUCUAAAAAUGGCGGCAUUUACACAAAUUAUGCGGUCUCCUAAAUUUUUCGGUUAUGCUUUGAUAACGAAUAAGUACCGGUAUACAGAAUGGACUUUCGCUGACCGUCAAACAAAUAUUACAAGGAUCAAAUGGAAAGAAACGAAAGCAAAAGAACUCUACGAUCAUUUAAUAGAUCCAAAAGAAAAUUAUAACAUAGCCGACAAUACAAACUAUACAAAUAUCCAAGCAAAUUUGAGGAAAAUACUUCAUUUGGGCUGGAGGGAAGCCGUUAUUGAUAAACCUUCUGGCGGAAACAGAAUAUAUAUUGACCUAGAUCAAAGACAGUCAUUUGUGGGGAAUAUUGAAGGAGAAAUAAGUAAAAGUAAAGUAAAUAAAAUGUUUAGUGACAGCAAUAUAACUGAGAUGUCCAGAGCUGGGAGAAACUCGACUAUAAAAUGGCAUGGCAAUAGAAGGUUAUACCUGCCGAAUCCCGACCCAAGAACUUUUCUUAUUGAAACAAUGAUAAGUUAUAUAUUAAUCUUCGUGUUGAUUGGGAGUUUUCUAGCUUUGUUGUGCCAAAGGACGAUUAAAGGUAUGCAUUCAUAGACAGGCUAAAAACGUCAAAUCCUUGGACACAGUGGAGUGAUUCAUUCAUGCAUAAACUAACUAUUAUGUUUUUUUUUACAAAAUGUGAUGACAGCCUGCACUAGUGGAUGUGAAGAUUGUUGAACAUUACACAUCCGGUUAUGAACUUACUCCAAGGAACCGAGUCUGCUUUUAUUUUGUCUGUAUGUGGUGUUUCCUGUCGGAUUUCCGAUCUAAUUUUUUCCCCAAGAGAUUGUCUUAUAGGUUUUAUUUUCAUCUGUAAAACAAAAUUGUACAAUAUUUAAAGUGAAUUUGGCCUAUGUAUAACAUCUUGGUUUGAAUAAAAUGGACCGAGAGUUA